CCGCGUGCGGGCUGGCCUCUAGCGUCCGGCGCUGAGGCAAGAAGAAGGUCUGGCUCGACCCCAACGAGACCAAUGAGAUCGCCAACGCCAACUCGCGUCAGCAGAUCAGGAAACUGAUCAAAGAUGGUCUGAUCAUCCGCAAACCUGUAACUGUUCACUCACGUGCCAGAUGCAGGAAGAAUACCCUGGCCCGCCGAAAGGGCAGGCACAUGGGCAUUGGUAAGAGGAAGGGUACAGCCAAUGCUCGUAUGCCAGAGAAGGUGACCUGGAUGAGGAGAAUGAGAAUUCUGAGGCGUCUGCUUCGUAGAUACAGGGAAUCCAAGAAGAUCGAUCGCCAUAUGUAUCACAGUUUGUACCUGAAGGUCAAGGGUAAUGUGUUCAAGAACAAGCGGAUCCUGAUGGAGCACAUCCACAAACUUAAGGCAGACAAGGCCCGCAAGAAGCUCCUGGCUGACCAGGCUGAAGCUCGUAGGUCCAAGACCAAGGAAGCCCGUAAGCGUCGUGAAGAACGUCUGCAAGCCAAGAAGGAAGAAAUCAUCAAGACCCUCUCCAAGGAGGAGGAAACAAAGAAGUAAACCUUGGCUGUUGUGUGUACAUAGUGCUUUCCAUCAAAGGUUAUUCAAUAAACCUUCCACAUACAGUGUG